UAAUGUGUUCUCCCGCCAUAGUGCUAAUUUUAUAAUCACAGCCUUAGUAGAUUGACACAGGCCUCCUUCCUCUAGUAGUCUACAAAAUAGGUUUGUUUACGGAGACACAUCAAAAAUUGGACCAAAUUUUUUAAACUACAGUGAUAUUAGCGAAAUAUAAUGGAAAUUCUUUUCUUGCUGAUGUUCUGUUUCUCUUUUGUGGAGCCACAAGUUUCUAGAACGAUUCGUAUAGUUCCGUUUCCUCAGUCACCGUUCUUUAGAGAACCAUUUUUCUUCCGUCCAACAAGAUCUCGCUGGUUCUGGCAGCGUUGUUUUCAGUAUCCUUGGAUGCCCAGAUGUCAACGUCUUUUUGGAAGAAGGAAUGAGCGAAUAAAUCAGCAAUCUUUUCCUCAGAAUAUUAGGUGGCAACCUUUUCAAGGCAAUUCAAUAAUCGGAAAUCAAAAUCCUCGUGGAAAUUUUCGACCUUCAUUUCCUGGAAAUUUUCGACCUGCAUUUCCUGGAAAUUUUGGACCAAUACCAGAUAUAUCCCAGCUCCAGCCAGUUUGCAAUAUUUCGUGUGCUCGAGGGUUAAAACUAGUAGCUGGAGAAUGCCAUGAUAUAGGUGCAGAUUCUUUAUGUAGUCCUGGCUGUUCCCAGGGAUUUAAAUGUCAUCAUGGAAAUUGUGUUCCGGCACCUUGUCAUCAUCCAUGUUCCAAUGGCCUAACAUGUCGUGAUGGAAAAUGCCUUGAUGUCGGUCGCUGCCAGCCUACCUGUUGUCCUGGACAGGUGUGUUAUAGGGGAAGGUGUCUAGCAGAGAAUGAAGUGCCAAGAGAGCCUCAGUGCAAUCCCCCUUGUCCGCCAGGUUACGUUUGUCAUGACGGUCAUCAUUGUGAUAAAGUGCCUACUCCAAAAGUGGAAAAACCUUGUGUAGAGCCCUGUCCUCCGGGGUAUUACUGCCACGAUGGACACUGUGACUUAGAAGGGACAAAACAAAACACCUGUCCUGUCCCAUGUGUCUCCCCCGAAGUUUGUCAUAAUGGUCAUUGUGAAAUCGAUGCCCAUACUCUGACACACCUUACAAACCCUAACAUCGACCACACACAUGAUCAAUCACGACCAGGGGCCACUGGACAAUUAAUCCCAAUCCCAGACACACACACGGGACACGAUGACCACCACCAUGAAGGCCAGGGUACCCACAACCACCACCACAGUGGGGGACAGGUAGGAGGCGCCCCCGGGAGACAGGUGACAGAUUUCUUUACUGGGUUCAGAGAAUCUACCCCGGGUGCGUUUGGUGCAGGUCCUCAACAGCCACAAGGCGGGGGUUUUACGAGAGUUCCACAGCAAACUCAAGCUGGACGAUUUGGGACCCAACAAAAUUCUGGAUUUGGAGAUAUUCACGCCAGAAUUGCUAGUGAGUUUAGACAGUCUAACGUGCCUGACAGUCAGCUAGGAAUAGAUCUUAGCUCGGUCUUGUUUCAGGACCCAGUUACAGGACAGAGGGUAAAUGUUAAUCCUUGAAUUGAUCUUAUGUGAUCGCAAGCCAUUUGUCACUAAGCUGAAGAUGAGAUGGGCUCCUUAUUGAUUAGUGGCUUGUUUGAAAAUGGACUUAAUUCACCAAAAUUGUACAUGAAAUCCACUCAUUUCAUUACAGCGCACUGUGUUACUCCCUUCACGGGAUAUGGACUACGUUCUGAUUGGCCGAAGCAUACCUGCAUAGCAGGUGUAUUGUUUAAGAGACAUUUUAAAACACGGUGAAUGUUAUGAAACAAAGAGAAGUGCAUGUCUGACCCUUUAACCUAAAUGCAAUAUAUAGAGCAGAUAGAAGAGAUUGAUGAUUCAGAUAUAUCAUUCCAAGUAAAAUCUUCAGAAGCGUGGAAAACGAAUUUCAGAGCUCCAAGAAAACAGAAUAAUAGCAUUUGAAGAUAUUUGCCCCCAGCUACAUAACUUUACUCUAAUAAUAAAGUUGUAUGUGUUCAUGCAUUAGACUCACAUUUCAAUCAAUUCAUAUCAUGUGUCCUCUAUCAUUUGUACACUUUAAAGAUAGCCAAUCACAUUUCUAUAUAUUUAAGAUACAUUAUACAGUAGUUGUAAAUGUUACGUUCGUUUGUUCGUAAAUCUUUUAUAAUAUAUUAUUUGUACAAUGUUUUAUUA